GCCAAGGGGAGACUGGUUUAGACUGAUAUUUAUUUAUAUAUUUUUUUAUAUUACAAUAGCGAUUUUAUAAUGAUAGAACGCCGGUUCUAAAUGGGUGAAGUAUCCCUUUAAGCUGAUGUAUAAGACUAAACUAUCAUGGUACAGGACCUGUUCCUACCCUUCCCUGUGGUCAGGGUCACCAGAUAAUGGUAUGGGUCAUUCUAUGUUCCUCCCCUAUGGUCACCAGAUGACGGCAGACAGAAUCGGAUUUCAGAGGCCAGCAUGUUUUGUUUCCCUGGCAACUCUAGGCUGCGUGAAAACACACAGAUGUUAAUAUCAGUCACCAAAAGGGUUGACAAAUUAACCAAAAACCAAAAUGUACUCUUGUUUCCUCUCUCCUGCUCAGACACUUCCUGUUUCUGUGUAUGAAAAUAAUUCUGACCCAUAGCUCCGCCCCUUCAGCACAGAGAGAACCAAUAGAGCUUCAGGAGCUGCCUUGUCCAAUCAAAUCAGAGACAGCAGGUCCUGUACUCUGUGGUCAACUGUAAAACACACAAAUCAAAUCAAAUUUAUUGUAAUUUUGUUGAUUGAACAACAAAACGAGAAGGCGUUUCUCCGGGAUCAAGAUCAAGUACACAUACAUUUCAAACAAACGUCCCAAUGAUGAAUAAAUAAAUAAAUAAUGAAUAAAGUCCAGUGAGAAGAUCUAUGACGCUGGUGCAUUGAGCAUCCUGACAGCUUGAGGCAGGAAGCUGUUCUGCAGCCUGGUGGUGGAGCAUCUUAAGCUGCGAUAGCGCUUCUUGUAGGGUAGGAGCUGAAAGAAGCUGUUCAGAGGGUGAGAGGGGUCUCUCACUAUUUUCUGGGCCCUAUUCCUGCAGCGGCUUAGGAAUAUGUCCUGGACAGAGGGAAGUGAGGCUCCAAUGACCUUUUCCGCUGAUCUCACCACUCUUUGCAGGGCCUUUUUGUCCGCCACACUGCAGCUGGAGAACCAGGUAGAGAUGGCGUACGUCACAACGCUGUGGCUGAGUAAGCCUCUCUUGGGAUUUCUAUAGAGUUUGGGGACUUCAGCCUCCCAGGGUGACUAAGGCUAAUUUCUUUUUUCAAGAUAAAAUUACAAGACAGAUAAAGAAAGCAUAUCAGCAUUGUACACCAUAUCCAAUUAUACACUGCAUAGUGGUAGGCUACUGAGCCUGAAGCUUUGGCUUGAAAGGUCCUCAUUCAACCAUAGAAGGAAGUCCACCUGAAUGAGUUAGCCUUCUUUUAGCAAUAAUAAAGCUAUACCUAGUGGUCAACCUGCAAGAGUUAGCCUACUGUCAGCUCUGAUGCUAAAAAAGAGAAUUGCUUUAGGUCUGACAUGGAGAACCGUAUGCAGUAAGGUUUUCUUCUAGCCACGACAGCUAUGUGAUGGUUUUCUGCAUAUGUGCUAAAUAUCUCCCACCACAGACUCUUGAUUGUUUAUGUUCCUCUCUUAUUAACUUCUCAUAACUUAACAUAAAGAUUGUGACAUUUACAUGUUAACAUUGUUGCUGCCAGAUUUCUAAGCCAGUAUUUCGAAUUCUACAACAUGGGCCUUUCAGACUGUUACUGUUAUUAAGAGCAAUACCAAUAAAUGAUUUUUCAGUGUCGACAGACAGACUAUUAAUUUGUAUUACAAUUGAUUUUCUGUUAAUUGUAAAGGUGCAUUUUACCCACUACAGAUAUUCAGAGAGUUAAGGUUGAAGUGAUCAGUUAAAAAAGAAUACACAUGCUUAGAGAUAAGUACCAGGGUGAGGUAGUUCUCUAAGGAAAGGAACACAUAUUGUUCUACUCAGGCCACUUCCAUAUUAACCAUAUCAACAACACAGUACCCCUCACUAAUCACUACGUGGAUGAUUUUGCUAGAGAUGACGUCAAGCUCACAUUAGCCAGUUUAACCAACUAGUAAGCUGUGUAGAAAACUGUUCAAAAGUUUUAUGUUUUUAGCUGAAAAUACGAUUUCAUCCUGUUUUGUAAAUUAACUAUUAAAAAAAGUAAGUACAAAUAUCUGUAAAAAAAAAAUAGAGAAAUAAAAAGAAGAGAAGUAGAUAAAGAUGAAAAUAGCAGAAGAUAAAACAAGAAGGAACUUUGUGCCACUGUGUUCUUAAGUUGAUUCAAUGCUCCGGGCCUGGAAGUCCAAACCCUUCUUGUUAAUACUGCUGCUGAUUAUGAAAAGAAGAGGAAGGUUUGAAAGUUUCCUUUUUCUUGUUCAGCUUAGUACAUGCUGAACUGGCAAACACAUCAGACUAGCUUCUCUUCUACAGUAAGACCAAAACUUUGUUUGUAUUUUAAUUUCACUGUUAACAAUUUAGUUCAUAUAUUGAUGACUACAAAUCCUAUCAAGAUAAGUAUUUUGGUUUUCUCGGUUUAAAUACCAUUAAAUACCAAUGUUUUGUUUUUUUCAUACUGAUGUAUUUUUCCUUUUAUGUACUUUUGAAAUUUGAUCUCUUUUUUUUUUAGCUGCAGGUGAGUUUAAAUAUCUCACCAGAACAACAAAGUGAGAGAGGAGAGGACCAGAGAACUAUGAAUUUGCCAUUUCUAGCUAUCCUUCUGUCAUUACCAGCGCUCCAGAGUAAUGACUAUGCAGUUACUUACACACCUACUGAUGUCUGCGCAUUAAGAGAAUCAACGGUUGACAUCCACUGCACCUAUGAAUUCCCUUAUAACAACGAUUACAGCGUCAAAAAACUGUGGUUUACUAAAGAAGAGAGCAAUAUGCCAGUUAAUCUGACAAAUGAUGCUGACUACGCAGGUCGUGUUGAAACCAGCUGCGGAACGAUAAGAUGUCAUUUGUCCAGCUGUAAUGGAACAUGUACCUUGAGAAUCAAAGACUUGAGACAGACUGAUUCUGCUGAGUACAAGUUCAGGUUCAUAACAAACUUAGAAGUUGGGAAAUAUACUGGGCUCCCUGGAGUGAUGUUAUCUGUGACAGACCAGGUGAAGGUGUCCUUUCCUUCCUCUACUCAUCCUACCAGGGCAAAGAUGACAUGUCGCAGUAUGUGUAGUCUAGCUGGUGGUUUUACCUACAUCUGGUUCAGGAAUGGACAGUAUGUAGAACAGGGGAUCUACUACAAAGGCAACAUUAGUUCUGAAGACAACUAUUCAUGUGCUGUUGAAGGAUACAAACAUCUCCACUCUCCUUUAGUGUACGCUCCAAAGACCCCCUCAGUGACCAUGAGUCCCUCCGGGGAAAUAGAGGAGGGCAGCUCAGUGACUCUGAGCUGCAGCAGUGAUGCCAACCCAUCAGCUAACUACACCUGGUUCAAGGAACAUGAAGACUCAGUGGGACAAUCAGGACAGAAUUACACAAUCACUAAUAUCACAUCUGAGCUUGGAGGAAACUAUUACUGCCAACCCUGUAAUGCAAUUGGACGUCAUAAUUCCACCUUUUUGUUCAUUGAUGUGAUAGAGUUGACAUCAUCAUCACAGACAACAGCAGUAGCAGUAGGAACCAUUGGUGUCUUACUGGCCACCAUACUCCUCCUAGUCUUCCUCUGGAUGAGAACAAAGAGGGCCUCCAGAACCAGUGGACAGGGAGGGAGUACAGAAACCAUCGAGGAGCCAUUUCCUGUUCCGGUGUAUGACAACCUCUCAGCUCUGACCAUUAGCUCAGCUCCUGCAGUACAGAGAGAACUAAUAGAAGAUCAGGAUGACCUUCACUAUGCCAGCGUCCACAUCUCUCACUCAGAGAACCAGGAAGUGCCUCGCUGUUUGGCUGGCUCCUGUGUCCAAUCAGAUCAGACGGAUGAGGUCCUUUACUCUGUGGUCAACUUCAAAAGACACAACGCUGUGACUGAGGCCUGUGACCAGAGAGAAACUGGAAAAACCUCAGAUAAGGACAAAAAAAAAACCCAGGGGGUGAACGUGAACCAGUAGCGGCAGCAGGAUUUCAAUAGUGGGAUAGUGUCUCAUCGUUCAGUUUAAACAGGAAAAUACGCUGGCUGAUUGUUUGCUGUAUGUCCUAUGGUGCUUAAUUUCCUUUGCUGAAUACUUGCCACCAAUGGUUAUACAAGAUCUGAGGAUUUUUUUUGUUAUUUUUACUUAUUUACUUAAUUGUUCCACUUGUGAAGGCCACGAGCGAGGUCACAUUUUAACGCGUGACUGUUGCUCUUGUUGACGUUGCUCCGCUUCAUCGCUUCUAUCUGCUUGUUCCUUGAUUGUACUGCACCUGUAAGGGUCUUAAAUAACAAUACCGGUCAUUGUGAUCUAACCAUCAUAGCCAUCUCCUCUCUGCACUAAAUCAUUCUUCUACAGAAAAUAUAUUUUCCCCAUUUUAAUACAUUUCGACAAUUAAGUCACAAAGAACUGUAUUCAGCCAGUGAAUCAGAAACAUUUGAGACCCAAACGGAACCACAGUGCCUUUGAUUGGAUGGGUGCUGUAUAGUUUAUAUUACAAGUCUGUACACUGACUACUUCUAUAUCAGUAAAAGUUGAUAUUUGCAUUUUAGUAAUCAUUGUUUUGAGUGGUGUGAUCCUGUAAUCGACAUUACGAUAAUAAAUAAUAAAUAAAAGCUCAUUAUUAUGAUGGAUUAUCACUGGAUUAUUCUGUCGUGUUCUUGAAGAAAGUAGCCUAAACCCUAACCCUCACUUUAUUUGUUAAAGUAUUUCGGUAUGGUUACUAUGAAGCAAAAGGAGCGACAAACAGCAGAGCCUCUUCUAGCCCCUGCGCUUGCCCCGGGGCUCUCAAAGGGUCUGCCAUAUGUUUCUGACCUCAUCUGGUUCCUGGCGAUGCGCUUGUAUCAAGUAGGCGUGGCCUAUGUGAAUUGGGCGUGGCCUAUGUGACGUCUAAGCUCCGGCUUACGCGUCUGCCUUAAAGAUGUUGCCUUCUGUGGCUGGGGUAGAUAUUACAGCUUGUAGGCUAUGUUUGAUCCUGCUCCCUUGUGGCUGUGUGUUGUAAUUACAUCUUAUGUGCUUAAUUUACGUAACAAUUGCUGUGGACUUUUGCUUGGAUUGUAACUAAUUAUUACCACUGGGAUUAUCACUAUGGAUAGGGUGAUUACUGGGGGAACCUUCCUUCUAGGUAGUGUUAGGUAGUCAUUAGUCUACAUGUUGUUGCACAUAGAAACAUUGUAUGAAGCAGUCGUCUGCCUCAUGUACGAAAAUUGCUAUUUAAAUAAAGUUGCCUUGCCUUGUU